AUGGCGCGGAACCAAUACUGGCACUCCACUGGGCCACACUCCACUGGGCCACACUUCAAUGGACCACAUUCCACUGGACCACUGGGCCACACUCCACUGGGCCACACUUCACUGGGCCACAUUCCACUGGGCCACUGGGCCACUGGGCCACACUUCACUGGGCCACACUUCACUGGGCCACAUUCCACUGGGCCACUGGGCCACACUCCACUGGGCCACACUCCACUGGGCCACACUCCACUGGGCCACACUCCACUGGGACACACUCCAUUGGGCCACUGGGCCACAUUCCACUGGGCCACUGGGCCACGCUCCACUGGGCCACACUCCACUGGGCCACACUCCACUGGGCCACACUCUACUGGGCCACUCGGCCACACUCCACUGGGCCACAUUCCACUGGGCCACUGGGCCACACUCCACUGGGCCACUGGGCCACACUCCACUGGGCCACACUCCACUGGGCCACACUCCACUGGGCCACACUCCACUGGGCCACACUCCACUGGGCCACACUCCACUGGGCCACACUCCACUGGGCCACACUCCACUGGGCCAAAUUCCACUGGGCCACACUCCACUGGGCCACGGGCCACUGGGCCACACUCCACUGGGCCACACUCCACUGGGCCACACUCCACUGGGCCACACUCCACUGAGCCACACUCCACUGGGCCACACUCCACUGGGCCACACUCCACUGGGCCACACUCCACUGGGCCACACUCCACUGGGCAAAAUUCCACUGGGCCACAAUCCACUGGGCCACACUCCACUGGGCCACACUCCACUGGGCCACACUCCACUGGGCCACUGGCCACUGGGCCACAAUCCACUGUGCCACACUCCACUGGGCCACACUCCACUGGGCCACACUCCACUGGGCCACACUCCACUGGGCCACACUCCACUGGGCCACACUCCACUGGGCCACUCUCCACUGGGCCACAUUCCACUGGGCCACAUUCCACUGGGCCACACUCUACUGGGCCACACUCCACUGGGCCACACUCUACUGGGCCACACUCUACUGGGCCACACUCCACUGGGCCACACUCCACUGGGCCACACUCCACUGGGCCACACUCCACUGGGCCACAUUCCUGGGCAACUGGGCCACACUCCACUGGGCCACAUUCCAGUGGGCCACACUCCACUGGGCCACACUCCUCUGGGCCACACUCCACUGGGCCACACUCCUGGGCAACUGGGCCACACUCCACUGGGCCACAUUCCACUGGGCCACACUCCACUGGGCCACACUCCACUGGGCCACACUCCACUGGGCCUUUGGGCCACAUUCCACUGGGCCACACUCUACUGGGCCACACUCCACUGGGCAACUGGGCCACACUCCACUGGGCAACUGGGCCACACUCCACUGGGCCACAUUCCACUGGGCCACACCCCACUGGGCCACAAUCCACUGGGCCACACUCCACUGGGCCACAUUCCACUGGGCCACACUCCACUGGGCCACACUCCACUGGGCCACAUUCCACUGGGCCACACUCCACUGGGCCACACUCCACUGGGCCACACUCCACUGGGCCACAUUCCACUGGGCCACACUCCACUGGGCCACACUCCACUGCAACUGGGCCACACUCCACUGGGCCACACUCCACUGGGCCACACUCCACUGGGCCACACUCCACUGGGCCACACUCCACUGGGCCACACUCCACUGGGCCACACUCCACUGGGCCACACUCCACUGGGCCACUGGGCCACUGGGCCACACUCCACUGGGCCACACUCCACUGGGCCACUGGGCCACUGGGCCACACUCCACUUAGCCACUGGGCCACUGGGCCACUGGGCCACUGGGCCACUGGGCCACUGGGCCACUGGGCCACUGGGCCACACUCCACUGGGCCACACUCCACUGGGCCACUGGGCCACACUCCACUAGGCCACACUCCACUGGGCCACUGGGCCACACUCCACUGGGCCACACUCCACUGGGCCACUGGGCCACUGGGCGGGCAGACAGUUUCUGCUGACAUCAGCAAGAUUGGGACCGCAGCCAAACCUUGA